GAAUUUGCAAAAUAUCUGGAAUUUAUUUUUAUUGAUUUUUUCUUAUAACCUUCUUAUAACUGAAAUAUAGAGGAAAACAUAUCUUGACUGUUCUUGUUCCCUGGUCAAGUUUCACAGAUUAAAAUAGCUGAAGAGUGGCUGAAAUCUAAGAAAGGAGAGUGAGGAAAUACUCAGCCUUUAGCUGAAUUUCUCUUUAAAAAACUGGACGAGACUAUAAUCUUUUUGCAAGAAAUGUUAGGGCAUGGAACUUUGGAUGAAGACACACAGAAGGACUUUGAUCCAGUUUGAGAUCAAAGAGAUAUUUUUGCAGCUGGAGAACUAACAAAAUGGAUUUCAUCUGUUGUCCCAAAGCUCAAGCCUAUAUGUUUCUACUACAAUAUCCAGCCUCUGACUGAAAAGGGAAGUGACAAAUUCUUUUCUUCUAUGAAGAUUGAGAGAGACUGGAUGGAUUUAUUACAGGGUGGGAGCUAAUGUAGUAAUGUAGAUCAGUAUUCAACUAGAGGGGAUAAUCUGUCUAUAUGUAUUGUUUUGAUGCACCUUUUUAAAAUGUUUUGAUUGUUUUUGUUUUUUGUCUUGUUUUUUUCUUUUUCUUUUUUUGUUUUCUGUGGGAUUUUUUCUUUGGGGUUUUCUAUUUUGUAUUUUAACCUUGUCUUGAAUAAAAUAAAAAUAUAGAUUAAAAAGAAAAAGAAAAGAUUUCUUAAACUCUUCCCCAUCAUCAUAAAGGUCAAGCUCUCGACAUCUGAUAAACUUCACCUUUCAGCAUAUUAAAUUACAACUUAAAAUGCAAGACGGCAGCUUCAGUCAGAUGAUGGGAAAAAGCUUUGUCAUCAUGUUAUGUGGAACAAUACAAUCAUGCCUGGGAGAUCACGCUUAACCAUUUCCAGGAUCUGAGUUAGUCACUGAGUGAUUUGGCUUUAUUGUUUAAAAGUUUUCUGCCCCGAAAUGCUGAUUUGGUAUCUAUCAUCUACUCCCAUUUACAGAGAGCUGAUCCACAAGAGGAGGAACUGGACCAUCUUUGUUGUUUCAAAGUAUUAAUUUUGAGACAUGACUAGUAGGUACAGCUAAUACUGUUUUAUAGUCUGUGAAAUUAAGGUAAGUGGAAUGGUGUCACUACGAUUAGUGGUCAUGCCAGAAUCUAUACUUGCAGUACAAGAUCUACAGGACUGAUUGUAUUCACUUUGUACAUUUGGAUGCAGUUUUGCCUCUCAUGAUUUGGACUAUUUUAUUUUUAAAGAUAAACAUGAUACCAGUUGGAAAAUUUCUGCUUUUAAAUCAGAGGGUUAUAUCAGAUAAGCGUAAGCAUCUUUAAACUCUCAUGCACUGGUUUUAAUGUAACUGUUUAGAUAGACAGAUGUUGAGCCAGAUGGCAUUGUGUCUCCCAUCCAGUCCCAUCAAGCAUUAUUAUUAGUGUCCAUUGAGAUAGAGUAUAUAUUUGCUAUUGUGUUGGUUCCAGAGAGCUGGGGCUCCAUUAUAGUGAGAGCUUGCACUGCUUUGUGCUUUAAUAUUGAUGUGCUACAUAGCUCUUCAGCAAGAUUCUUUCUGCUCCCCCUCCCCAUUCCCCAAUACUUUUUCUUUCAAUGUCUGCUUAUAUUUCCAACAGUGCCUUGGAGUUGCUCAUGCUGGCACUUUGCCUGGUGUUUUUCAGAAUUCUGUUACGAGAAGCACAAGACAACAGUUAUCAUGUGAUGUAAGUGUGAGACGGAAGCAAAGAUAAACAUGCAGUCCAACCACACAACUAGGAAUGGCUGCCGAGUACAGGAAGUUAUGCAGUUGAUCAAGAAGCAGCUGGUGAACUCCAUCAAGGCCCUGCAGAAACAUUACGUGACCUCUGAUGCUCUUGUACCAAGUGAUGAUCAAGAUGCUAAUACUCUUUGUUGUGUAUUGGAGGCUGUAUUUGUACAUGGUUUGAAAACUAAGCACAUCAAAGCAGAAAUUGGAGCAAAAGGGAGAAAACAUGGAGGGCGCCUUCCUCAGCCAGUGUUUUGGACUCUGCUAAAAUCUGUCACACACAGAAACAUAAUUUCUGAACUGGAAAACUUGAUCUUCAUCAAUACAGAUGUGGGGCGUUGUCGUGCAUGGUUGAGGCUGGCUUUGAAUGAUGGCCUGAUGGAGUGUUAUCUAAAACUCUUGCUUCAUGAAAAGUCUCAACUCUUUGAAUAUUAUCAUUCAUCUGCUCUGCUUCUGGAUACUGAGGAGGUUGAAUUUCUCCUCAGCUAUUUGCAGGGCUUGUCUUCUUUGGCCUUUGACCUCUCGUAUAAGUCAGCAGUAUUGAACGAGUGGACCAUCACACCUUUAUCCUUGUCAGGCCUUUGCCCUGCCUGGGAACUGUUGGACCCUCUUGUGGGACUGGAACCUCAAAGAAAGGAGUCACUUAGUUCUCUCUCACAAUCUUCUGGCUCUGAUGAAGUUGAAGCUCACCCAGCCAUCCUGCCUGCCCCUAAAAGUGACCAGGCAGAUAAACUCACAGCUUCCAACUUGAGCAUCAGCACAACUGGUUCCUCACAGCUCUCUUCCAGCCUGGAUUCUGACAUUCUUCUCCCAGCCAAUUCUACCAGCACUCACAGCCCUGCUCAGGAGAAAGAGCCAAUCUCCAAUGACUCUGAAGUGGAGAUGACAACAGCAACAGCAGACUUGGACCAGGACCUCCAAGAGGUGUUAGCAGAAUUUACCAGGACACAGAGAAAGUUGGAAACUGUAGGAGUUCAUGAAGCACACAUCAUCUCUCAGUCUUCCCCACCAGAGUGCCCCUGCCCUGCUACCAGUUUCUGCACUGUGCACCGUCCUCAUACUGUACUGGAAAAAGGCCCUGUUGACAUCAUGCUACCUGCAAUAAUGAUAAAUUCACAGCUUCCCAAUUUACCUAAGACUGGAGAAUCUGUUAGUAGUACCAGUGUCCAACAGACCUCUAUGCUAACCACAAUAAUUGUGACCAAAAAACCUGUGGAUGUGUCCCAAAUUCCUUGCAACAAGAGAGGAGCUAAAAGUCGGACUGAUGAAGUCAGUGGUUAUGAAGGAAGCCUCCCAGGAACAGACCAGCUUCUUUCACCAAUCUCACCAGUGGUCUGCCCUAAAAGAAGCUGGAUCACUGAGGAUGAUUUUUACCUUCCUUCCCCUCCCGAGGAAACAGAAAAAAGCUUCUCCAGUUCUCCCAGUACCUCACGAGAGAGGCUUACCAGUACCCAACCUGCUAUGCCAUUGAGAGCCCCAGAUCGAGGCAAGCUUUCUGUAUCCUCAGCAGAGCUCAGCAAACUCAAACUGUCUCCUAGGAGGGAGCUGAAGGGCUUUAGUGUUGUUCAUCGGAGAGAAAUAGGUCUUUCCAAUCCAUUUCGGGGUCUGCUGAAAUUGGGGACUCUGGAACGUCGAGGAGCUCUGGGCAUUUGGAAGGAGUUUUUCUGUGAGCUCUCACCUCUAGAAUUGCGGCUAUUUGUAGACUGUGAGGAGCGAGUAUGUGUAGAAAACUAUUCUCUGCUGAGAUGUGAGUCCUUAGGACGGGCUCACAGUGAUGGGCGCUUUGAGCUGGUCUUUUCCAACAAACGAUUGUGUCUUCGGGCUUCCUCCCGGGAUGAAGCAGAGGACUGGUUGGACCGGCUGCAUGAAGCCCUAAAAAAGUUUAGGUUACAGAAGGAUGAAGGGUGGAAAACUCUAGAGUGCCCUGAGGCUGCAGAGGAUUCUGAGGAUUUCUUCGGAGGUGGACCACCUGGUGACUUGCCUUCCUUCUCGGUGUACAGUAGAACUGGCCCAACUGAGUUGGACUGGUCAUGUGCCUUGAAACCCGAGCUAGAUGCAGUCAAGGAAUCUGUCCUGUACUUGGAGGUUGAGAAAGCAUGGGUCCCUUUGGUGUUCUCCCUGUCCUUAGAAGCCUUGAAAUGCUUCAAAGCCAGAAAUGAUAAAAAGAUACUGAGCAACAGCUUUGGAAUUGAGACCAUCCAAGAUAUCCUGCCAGAUGUGAACUUGGGUGGACCUUCAUUCUUCAAGAUCAUCACUUCAAAAGCAGUGCUGAAGUUGAGAGCUGAGAACACAGAGGAGGCAACUGAUUGGAGAGACCUGGUCCGCCGGGUGCUCAUGUCCUACCUGGAAGUGGCUGAGGAGGCCCUCACACUUGGAGGCCAUCUGGAUGGCAGUUCACAGGCAAUCCUGAAGAAUACUGUUAAGGAAAAUGGAUAUUUGCUGCAGUAUCUGGUUGCCAUCCCCAUGGAGAAAGGCCUGGACUGCCAAAGUUUCAUAUGUGCAGGCUGCUCCAGGCAGAUUGGCUUCUACUUUGUGAAACCUAAGCUGUGUUCAUUCACUGGCCUCUAUUUCUGUGACAAUUGCCACCAAGAUGAAGAGUCUGUGAUACCUUCACGUCUAAUUCAUAACUGGGAUCUUUCCAGAUAUCCGAUAGCAGAUGGUAUAUUUGAAACUUUUCUUCAGUCGCUGAUCCAAUUUGCCUCCCACCAUGUGUAUAGUUGUGAUCUUUGUACUCAGAGGGGCUUCAUCUGCCAAAUAUGCAACAAGAAUGACAUCAUCUUUCCCUUUGAAUUUGAUACAACCAGCAGGUGUAGUGAGUGCAAGACUGUCUUCCACAACAGUUGUCAGGCAAAUGCCAAUUUCUGUCCUCGUUGUGUCCGCCGGCAGAAAUAUCAGGAACUGCAAGAAUUCCUUUGGAAAUGAUCUCAACCGUGCCAGUCCUUUGGAUCAGAUUCUGGAAUUGGAUAAAAAUUCUGGAAUUGUCCAGAAGGCAAUUGGGAAACAGAAGCUUAGGAGCAAUAGAAGGCCAUUGCCAGCUGCACACUUUUUGUCCGGAUUACAGUCCUACAACAACCAGUGCACCUUGCCAUCAGCUCUUGGAAAGGAGCCCACAGAGAUACUUCUUUGAAUUCACUCAUUAUUGCCAUUAAUUUUCAUGCAUUCCUGCCUUCCCAGGCAAAUUUAUCCUUAUCCUGACAUUUGGUGAAUACUGGAUAUAUUAAAGGGAUAUGUAGCAAGAACUCCUAAAAAGACUGAAAUUAAUGCAUGUGUCUUGAUUUAAAUUGCCAGAGAAAAGGAAUUUUAUUUUACCUUUAACAAAUGCACUUUCCAGCAGAUUUCUCGUGCCUUCUACACUUUGCAGACUACUCUUAAAAUGUCUUGUGCCAAAAUAGCUGCUGAAUUCUUUAGAAAGGCACUCCAUCUUUGGUGUCCUACUCAAGCAAAGUGACCAAGUGUAUUCCAACCUUGAUUUUAAUAUUUUCUUUUAUUCUCCUAUGCAGAUAAUUAGCUUUAUUUAAUAAACAGAUGUCUUUUAUGAAUUCA